GCACAUGGCCCCAUUACGUGCAAUAUUUUCCACACGGGUUCUGCUUAAAAAGCCAAACCACACACUAAUCAUCCACCAAGGAAGUUCCCAAGAGGAAAUAGCAAAACAAAAUCUGGGAUUCCUCAUAGUCAAAUAUAGCCUCUGUUCAAGUCCAUCCGAGCACUCAACCUAAAACAAGCCCCUCGCCAGAAUCCACCACCAUAUGGCGCCCGCUACCGGCGGCAAAACCCGCCUUUUCCUCCUGUCCAUGCUCUCUCUCCUCGUCCUAGCCCAUGCAAGAUUGGUUCUUGACCGUUCGGAUCUCGACGCCCUCAAAACCAUCCGAAAGGACAUGGGCUUCGACAUACAGCUCCAUCUAGCCCCCACCACACCAUGCAACCUACCUGGUGUAAUCUGCGAAAGAAGGCUCACAAGCAACAAUACGUAUGUCCUGAGAAUCACAAGACUCGUCUUCAAGUCGCAACAGCUCAAGGGUUCGCUCUCCCCGGCAAUCGGACGGCUUUCCGAACUCAAAGAGCUCUCCCUGUCCAACAACAAGCUUGUUGACCAACUACCUUCCCAGAUUGUUGACUGUACCAAAUUGGAAAUUCUGAACCUCAGAAACAACAGGUUUUCAGGAAAAAUUCCAUCUGAAUUGUCAUCUCUCGUUCGCCUCCGAGUGCUCGACGUUGGAUCAAAUAAAUUCACCGGGGAUUUGAGUUUCCUUAAGUAUUUCCCCAACCUGGAAAAACUCUCUCUCUCGGAUAAUCUCUUCACUGGGAAAAUUCCGGCUUCCAUACGCUCAUUCCGGAAUCUCCGCUUCUUUGAUGUUUCCGGGAACUUGCUUCUGGAAGGUCAAGUGCCAUCGCUGAACAGAGUUGAACCUUCCGGUGACAAUCUACCGAGACGUUACAUUUUUGUAGAGAGUCCCCGCACGGGAUCCAACAGUUCGGCAGCUGCACGAGCAUCAUCGCAAGCUUCAUACGCUGCUCCAGCUCCUUCUCCAUCAGCAAAGCUACACAAAGGUCACAACGGCCGAAGGAAGCUAGGUGGGUGGCUACUAGGGUUCCUAGCUGGAGCAGUUGCUGGAAUCGUAUCGGGGUUUGUUUUCUCGCUGCUCUUUAGGCUGACCUUGGCAGCAAUCCGAGGGGGACGCAGAGAAUCCGGCCCGGCAAUCUUUAGCCCGUUGAUCAAGAAAGCCGAGGAUUUGGCUUUCUUGGAAAGCGAAGAGGGACUGUCGUCGCUGGAACUCAUUGGCAAAGGUGGCUGCGGGGAAGUAUACAAGGCCGAGUUACCUGGAAGUAAUGGAAAGAUGAUUGCUAUAAAGAAGAUAAUUCAACCUCCCAGGGACGCAACAGAGCUAACAGAAGAAGACACCAGGGACUUAGAUAGGAAAAUGCGCCAAAUUCGGUCCGAGAUACAAACUGUUGGCCAGAUUCGGCAUCGCAAUUUACUUCCCUUGCUGGCCCACCUGACUCGUCCAGACUGCCACCUGCUAGUGUAUGAGUUCAUGAAGAAUGGGAGCUUACAGGAUUUACUAGAGAAGGUUUCACAAGGUCAGACAGAGUUGGAUUGGCUCACGAGGCACCGAAUUGCGCUGGGAGUGGCGGCUGGGCUCGAAUAUCUCCAUAUGAACCACACUCCGAGGAUCAUCCACCGAGACCUCAAGCCUGCCAACGUCCUUCUAGAUGACGACAUGGAGGCCCGAAUAUCCGACUUUGGGCUUGCAAAAGCUAUGCCAGAUUCUGAUACUCAUGUCACGAGCUCCAAUGUCGUAGGGACUUUGGGAUAUAUCGCUCCGGAGUACCAUCUGACUUCCAAGUUCACGGAGAGGAGCGAUAUAUACAGCUUUGGUGUUCUGCUUGCCGCCCUGGUCAUUGGAAAACUACCAUCAGACGAGUUUUUCCAACACACCCAAGAAAUAAGUCUGGUCAAGUGGUUGAGAAAUGUGAUGACUUCGGAUAAUCCUCAACAAGCAAUUGACCCAAAGUUGAUUGGCAAUGGGUUCGAGGAGCAAAUGCUGCUGGUUUUAAGGGUCGCCUACUUCUGUACAGUGGAUGAGCCAAAGCGCAGGCCCAACAGCAAGGAAGUGCGAGUCAUGUUAGCUCAGAUUAAGCACUAAGCCUCUGUGUAGAUGGUGUGCUCCCAGAUACAUCACAGUAAAGAUAUAUGACCAAAUUAGAAAGGCAGCGCACCUUCAGAAAGAUAGUCCUAUGAAGCUUAAGAUAUGUCUAAUACCAUUUCUAUGUUAAUGCAAUUUCCUUUGUCUU